GCGUGAGAAAAGUCUUCUGCUAUGUAAGGUAUGUUCAUCAUGUGUUAAAUGUAAUAGAUGUUAUAAUUUAUUUUACUGUAUAAGCGACUAAUUUAUAAAAAUGAUUGAAGUAACUGAUCAAAAUUUCGAGAUACUAUAUCCUAAAAUAGAAGAAACUUUAAAGAAUGCUACAUUUUUUUCUAUGGACACAGAAUUUAGCGGCAUUAAGACAGAUUUCUUCGUGAAAGAGAGCCUAUUUGAUUCGCCAAAUGAACGAUAUGCAAAAUUAAAGAACAAUAUUAAACCAUUUAUUAUAAUUCAAUUUGGUCUCACAGCAUUUCAACAUGUUCGGGAACAAAAUACAUAUAAUGCCCAAACAUUUAGCUUCUAUCUCUUACCACGAUCGAUUCCAUCAAAAAAUAGACAUUUUCUUUGGCAAAUUACGUCCCUUGAAUUUUUAUCCAUUUAUAAAUUUGAUUUCAACAAAUUUGCUUACGAUGGGAUCUCAUACUUAAAUGAAGUAGAUGAAAUUGAUUUAAAAAAUAAUUUACAAGAAGAUAUUUUAAUGCAAAAUUUAGAACGAUUACUUUGCAAUCGAGAUGCAGACGAAUUGAAAAAUUCUCGUAAUGUUGUUGCUGAUUGGUUGAUUCAAAAAAUUGAACCUCCCGCUGUAUUGGAAAUUGUUUCAGAAUCACAAUUUUUACAGUAUCUUAUGGAAAAAGAACUUAGAAAUCAAUUUCCAGAUAUUUGGACAUAUUCUGGAAAGAAGACAGUGACUGUUAUGAGAAUUGGAAAGGAUGAACGACAAGAAUUGGAAUUAAAAGAAAAAGGAAGACUUGAGGAAAAACUAUUAAAUUACUAUAUUGGAUUUUCUAAAGUUUUUAAACUUCUAGUCAAGUUAAAAAAACCAAUUGUUGGACAUAAUAGUUUAGUAGAUUUAAUGUAUAUGCAUCAACAAUUUUAUAAACCUUUACCAAAGAAAUAUACAAUUUUCAAGAAGAAUAUUCAUGAACUUUUUCCAACUGUUUUUGAUACAAAAUUUCUUAGUUACGAGAUAAGAAAUUUUUUAAAAAAGGAAGAGAAAUUUUCUUCUAAUUCACUCAACACUUUGUAUUAUUAUUUCAAAAAUGAGAAGGGAAGAUUUUUGUCUUUACACUCGCCGAAAAUAUGCUCAGAAACAUAUUUAAAAAAUGAUGAGGAUAAAUUUCAUGAUGCAGGAUGGGAUUCAUAUUGUGCUGGAUAUUGUUUUAUACGAUUGGCACAUAUAUUUGCUGCAAAGAAACGUGGAGAAGGAAGCAAUUACAAACCAAUGACUAAUAUUGAAAUUUUAAAUGGAGUAAAGUCUUUUAGCAAUCGUAUAAAUAUUAUUCGAGGAAAUGUACCUUAUUUGAAUUUCGGUGGACCUGAUCCAGUUUCAGAGAGACCUCAAUGGCUAGUUGUACAGCCAAAAGGUUCAAAAACAUUUUGCGUUUCUGAGAUCGCAGAAUUAUUAUCAUCCUAUGGUAGUGUUGAUGUUAAACCAUUUAAUUCGCGCUAUGCUCUAGUCGCUGUCUCUAAUCAUCGAAGUGCUCGAGAUAUUUUACAACACUUUAAGUCACAUGCAGAAAUUCAGAUUUUAUUUUACAAUCCAGUUCGACAUUCCACAAAAGUGAAAAUCUUCUGUUGGUCCAGCUUAAUUAUUUCUGGAUGUAUUAUCUCUUUAAUAUUGCAUCGGAGAAGUUAAUUUUAUCAAUAUGAAAACUGAUUGUUAAGUUACAGUAGACGACAGGAAAGAUGUCGCCGCUGUCACAGUCGUUUAAGAUGCAAUUUUUUGAAAUGUCGAAGAGAAAAUUCAAAGACGCAAAGGAGCCGAGUCGUAGCGUUCCCUAAUAUUUCAAAAGUUUUCUCUGGCCAAGACCCAAGGCCAAAAUACUCAAAAUAACGCAGCAGAGCAAUUCAUGUGGGCGAAUGGAUAACCGUUCUAUCGGUCAGAUUGAUCGCUAAGGCAGGUGGAGAACUCAAGGCUCAAUCCUGUCGCAUAGAAACAUGUCUUUUCACAAAGUGCAGAGGUCACACGUGAAUUUUCAUCUCUUUCGCGGAAAUUUUUUUUAAAUUAUUUUUUAUGUAUAUAUAUAUAUUAUUACGACUAGAUAAUUCAUUAAAUUUAAAUUUAUUUUCGAACUAUUAACAUAUAUUUAUAUGUAAAUAUCUAUUGUAACAAGGAGAGAGAAAUUGUUAUUAUUUUUGUAUAUUUUUAUACAUUUAUAAAAAUAAAAAUUAUCCCGUUCUUUUUUGAAAAAUA